UCGGAGACCAGGCUGACUGAAGAUGAGCGAAUCCGGCGCCAAAUCCAGCCAGGCCCUGGCAUCCAAGGGGGAGAAGGACACAGCGGAGAAGAGGGGCCGGGGCCGGCCCCGGAAGAAGCCGCAGCAGGAGCCCAGCGAGGCGCCCACCCCCAAGAGGCCGCGCGGACGACCCAAGGGCAGUAAAAACAAGGCCACCCCCAAAGGCAGGGUAGUCACAGUCACGCCAGGGAGAAAACCGCGAGGCCGACCCAAAAAAUCGCAGGAGGAAGCGGAGGCCGUGAACAUCUCCCAGGAGUCCUCCGAGGAGGAGCAGUGA